AUGGGAUAUGGCCGACUCGGCUCGUCCGAGUCAGUUCCCUCCGUUUCCGAUCUCCAGCCGAGUCGCGACACGUCGGCGACUCGCAAGCGACGAUUCCUGUGGCUUACCGUCGUCUUCGCCGUCUUCCUCCUCGUGGCUUCCGGCGUCUCGGUGGGGCUCGUCGUUCGUGGCCGGAUGCGGUCGAACUCGCCUGCGACUCGGGCGCCGACACAGGCCAUCGCCCGCGCGUGCAGCCUGACUCGGUACCCGGCUUUGUGCGUGAGCUCCCUGCUCGACUUCCCCGGCGCGCUCCAGGCCGGCGAGCGCGACCUGGUGCACAUCUCCCUGAACAUGACGCUCCACCGCGUGGGCGCCGCCCUCUACGGCACCUCCGCCAUCGCCGGGUUCGCCAUGGACAGGCUUGCCCGCGCCGCCUUCGACGACUGCAUGGAGCUGCUCGAGGAAUCCCUCGACCAGCUCUCCAACUCUCUCCUCGUCGUGGCCCCCCCCGCGUCGCCGUCCCAAUCCUCCCAGGCCCGGAUCAGGGGCGCCUCCGACGAGGACGUGCUCACCUGGCUCAGCGGCGCGCUUACCAACCAGGACACCUGCGACGAGGGCCUGCAACAGGUACAGAAUCUCUACAUCAAGGAGCACAUGGAGAGCCACAUGAAGGACCUCGCCGAGCUCGUCAGCAACUGCCUCGCCAUAUUUGCGGGCGUGAGCAGGAACAAGGACUUCUCCGGCGUUCCCAUCCAGAACAGGAAGAGGAGGAAGCUACUGAACGCCAUCGACGACGACGAAUUCCCGUCAUGGAUGGGGAAGAAGGACAGGAGGCUGCUACAGAUUCCGGCAGCGAACAUCCAGGCCGACAUGGUGGUUUCGAAGGAUGGAAACGGCACCUACAAGUCCAUCGCGGACGCUGUGCAGGCCGCGCCGGAUUACAGCAGCCGCCGCAUCAUUAUCUACAUCAAGGCCGGCCGGUACGAGGAGAACAUCAAGGUUGGAAGGAAGAAGACGAACCUCCUCUUCGUCGGCGAUGGUAAGAACCAGACGGUCAUCGCAGGAUCGCGAAGCGUGUAUGACAACUUCACCACCUUCCACACCGCCACCUUCGCGGCGACGGCGACGGGGUUGAUAAUGAGGGACAUGACGAUCGAGAAUUGGGCGGGACCGGAGAAACACCAAGCGGUGGCGCUCCGGGUGGGGGCCGACCACGCGGUGGUGUACCGCUGCAACAUCAUCGGGUACCAGGACACCCUGUACGUGCAUUCGCAGCGGCAAUUCUUCCGGGAGUGCGACAUCUACGGCACCGUCGACUUCAUCUUCGGCAACGCCGCCGUCGUGCUGCAGAACUGCAGCCUGUGGGCGCGGAGGCCGCUGCCGAUGCAGAAGAACACCAUCACGGCCCAGAACCGCAAGGACCCCAACCAGAACACCGGCAUCUCCAUCCACGCGUGCCAGGUGGUGGCGGCGGCAGACCUGGAGCCAGUGAAGGCCAGCUUCUCCACCUACCUGGGCCGGCCAUGGAAACUCUACUCCAGGGUGGUGUACAUGCUGUCCUACAUGGGGGAUCACAUCAACCCGGCGGGCUGGCUGGAGUGGAACGGCUCCUUCGCCCUGGACACGCUCUACUACGGGGAGUACAUGAACGACGGGCCGGGGUCGGCGCUGGGGAUGAGGGUGGCGUGGCCCGGGUACAGGGUGAUCACGCUGCCGGCGGAGGCGAGCAAGUUCACGGUGGCGCAGUUCAUCUACGGCUCCUCGUGGCUGCCAUCAACCGGAGUGGCCUUCUUGGCUGGCCUCGAGACGUAAAUGGCCAUUCCCAUCGAAUCCGAAUCCAUCCAUCAUUCUCCUCUGCUCUCCUAGUUCUUCGAGUUCUCAAUGUCUUUUUAUCUUCUGAAGAGUAUGGUAUAGUUUUUCUUCUUUUCUUUUGGAUCUUUCAGAAAGGAAAUAACUCCAACUUACUGAAUUCA